AUGUCGUCUCCAAGUCCCAUCCCACCUCCGAACGACCGACGCUCUUCACGCUCUUCCAGCAACGCCAACUGGGCAGGCUGGCCCGAGGAACAUGACGAUAGAAUGAUGGUCGGUGGCCCUCCCAGCAGCCCCUCGCCCCUGGCUGUCCGCGUGUCAAACUCACCGUCAACGAAGCGUCGUCACAGUCGAAUCGUCAAAGUAUCUCCCGAGUUCCAGAACCUCGAAUACAUCUCCACGCCCGAUAGCAACCUCGUCUGCCUCAUCUGCCACGCGCCCUUCGACAAGCCUGUCCAGCUUUCCUGCGAGCACUACUUUUGCCGCGAGUGUCUGGAUCAUGCGUGGGCGCCGCAGCCCAAUGGCCGGCGGACAUGUCCUACCUGUCGGCAUGCUGUUGAAACCGACCAGGACAUUCGCCCUGUGCCUAGGAUUAUCGAGACGAUGCUGGACGAGCUUGUGGUAAAGUGUCCGAACACCAAAGCAGGCUGCAACUGGGUCGCCCAACGCGUCAACGUCCAUGACCAUGUCAUGCUGUACUGCGAGUACACGCCAGUUGAGUGCUCUGCGACAGACUGUCGCUUGCAGAUAUCCCAGAAGGACUUCCACAAGGGCUGCUUGCAUUACACCGUUAGCUGUGAGGAUUGUCAAACUUCCCUCCUAAAGAAGGACCUUGAAGAGCACCAGCGAAGCCUUUGCGACAAUCGCUUGACGACCUGCUCGCUAUGUUCGACUGAAAUUCUCCGUCUAGACCUCAAGCCCCACAUCAACAACGACUGCCCUAAGCAUGUCAUACCAUGCCAGGGUACAAUCGUAGGAUGCAAGUUCAUUGCCGAGCGAGCCGAAGUCGUACUUCACGAAACAAGCUGUGCAAUGGCAACCAUGGCGCCCCACUUCCGCGAGCAGCAAGCCCGCAUCGAGCGAAACGAAGCGCGAAUGGAGCCCCUGACAAGGAAAGUCGGCAUACUAGAAGACGGUCUCACAAACAUCACAAACUACCUAUAUCCAGCAAACGAAAACGACGCCUCUUUCCCCGUUACCGAUCCCCUGGAUCCCAACGAUGUCACCGACCCGCAAGCUCCUACACCAGACUUCCGUUUACCACCCGCUUCAUUCCCACCAGUCCCACCUGGUGGUGGUAAUGAUAGCAACAACCCCGCCCAGCCACCGUUCGAUUCCCAGGUUCACCACCUCCUCACACUACAUGACUCUCUCCGCGAAGAAGUGACUCGCAUCUCCAAUGCCCUCACUGACCUCGACGGCCGCACCAACAUGAUGAUCAUUAAUGAGAGUCAGCGAUCCAAAGACGAAAUGCUGCAUGUUAAUGCUGCUAUUAGCAAUAUGCGCAUGCAUCUGCAAUGGGUGGUUAGUGCGACACUUCAGCAACGGUCAAAUGCCGCCGGUGCUGGGGGUUCCAGAACACCGGGCAGCACAACGGCCAAUGCCAGUGCUAGUAACGCUACACGAGGAGGAGGAGGGGGUGGUGCGAGGCCGGGAGCAGGUGCAAUAGCAGCUUUCACAGUGGACCUCCUCGUCUACCCGCUUGACACAAUAAAAACACGCAUCCAAAGCCCACAAUAUGCAAAGCUUUAUACGGAUACCCGGACGGGCAAGAUCGAUCCCAAGUUAUUCCGCGGUGUAUAUCAGGGCAUUGGGAGUGUGAUUAUUGCUACGUUGCCUAGUUCAGGAGCAUUCUUCACAACCUACGAACACACAAAAUCGCUAUUCACCCGCUGGAACACGUCUUUCACGUCGCCCAAUGGUAUCCUACCCAUAGCCUUUGUCCAUGCGUCCGCCUCUUCCUUGGCCGAAUUGGUAUCAUGCGCUAUCCUCACCCCCGCAGAAGUCAUCAAGCAAAACGCGCAAAUGGUUUCUUCCUCCUCUAGUUCAUCUUCUUCAUCAGCAUCAACAAAUGCAACACUUCAGACCCUCCAGCGCUUCCGAUCAAACCCCCUCGCCCUCUGGCGCGGCUACACUGCGCUAGCAGGUCGUAACCUACCCUUUACAGCUAUGCAAUUCCCGCUUUUUGAGCGGCUGAAACAGGGGAUUAAGAGUUAUAGGGAUGAGCGGGGGUUAACGAGGGGAGGCAUCGUGGAAAUGGGUUUUAUUACUGCGAUUAGUGCGGGGAGUGCAGGGGCGGUCAGUGCGGUUAUUACCACACCGAUUGAUGUUGUUAAGACAAGGGUUAUGCUCGCUGCUGGAGAUAGUGGUGGUGGUGAUUCCAAUACUAGCAAUAGUAAGGAGAUGCAAGACGGUGGUAAGGGGAAGGGAGCGAAGAAUGGGUUGGUCGAUGCGUUUGGCAAAGAUACCGUUAAGAAUGUGGCGAAUAGUGUAAAUGGCAGGAAGAGUAGCUGGGCGGUUGGCAAAGAGAUUGUGGAAGAGAAGGGGAUCAAGGGGCUUUGGAGGGGUGGUGCCUUGAGGGGUGUAUGGACGUUUAUUGGGGCGGGGUUGUAUCUGGGGGCGUAUGAGAGUGGGAGGGUUUGGCUUGCGAGCAGGAGAGGAGAGAAGGUUGAUGAGGAUGAACUGUUCUGA